CUGGUCAGACUCACUAUUCACCGAGCAGCAAAAUGGCCGACCGUCAAGCAACUGACUUUUCAGCGCUUUAAAAACGAAGAUUCUGCUUGUUAGGUUUACAUUAUCUAUUACAUAUUUAGGUUACAGAUCAGCAGUUAAGAAGGGGUGUUUUCUUUAUUAUCUGUAUAGUUAUUUGCGCUUUGGAUAAGUAUUGUGUUUCACAUAGCCUCGAAUGCCUCAAAAGCUAAAAUUUCGCACUGAAGCACUUUAGCUAGCAGGCUAGCUAGCUAUAUUUCAUAUGUAAUUCCUACGUAAUAGGCUGCCUUUCCCCUCAGAAAGGAGCCACUGGAAAGGGAACAGCAGUUCAUGGAAGACAAGAAAAGGAAGAAAGAAGAUAAAAGGAAAAGGGAAACCUCACAGAAGGUUGCUGAGCAAAAAAACAAAGUGCCAGAAUUGACCAAGCCCCCAUCCGCCCCAUCUCCUGCCACCUCUAACUCGGCGUCCCCCAGCCCUGGCCCGGUCCCCUCGGCAUCCGCCUCCACUGCCACCGCGGCUGCUAGCGGCGCCCCCUCCCAGGGUGGGAACAAUGCUAAGCGGCAGGCGGUGGCCAACGGACAGCCCGCCCCCGGCACCCAGGCCCCCCAGCGUUACAUGCCCCGCGAAGUGCCCCCUCGAUUCCGUUGCCAGCAGGACCACAAAGUGCUACUGAAGAGGGGCCAGCCACCACUGUCCUCCAUGCUGCUGGGGGGAGGCAACAGCGGGGGAGACAGCCCCAGUUCAACAGUAGCUGCUGCAUCAGAUUCCAGCCAGGGCUCUGUGGGUCCCGCUGCUCCCUCACUGCCCCACACUUCAUCCUCCUCAUCAAUCGCUGCUUCUUCUACUACUACUUCUUCAAAUUAUGCAAAUUCCACGUGGGGGGCCAGCUCUGGCAGCCAGCCCCUCUCUCAGGGCAGGGAGAAGGUGAUAGUGGACAGGUCAGACCUGGAGGAGUGGCCCAGCAUCUCGGCGGCGGACGGAGGGGCGCGCGGCGGAGAUGCGGGGCCGCCGGGGGGGCCCGAGGGCGGCGGGAUGCCGAACUGCAGUGCCUCGUGGGGCGAGCGGCACCUCCAGCAGCAGAAGCAGGCCAUGGGAGCUGGGGCUGGCGGAGGGAAAGGCGGCGGCGAGUCUGGCAGCCCUUCUCCACCCUCCAACGCCUCCAACUCACCCAAUGAAUGUAUGCAGUCCGGCGGCGCCGCCUGGGGCUCUUCCUCCCAGGGGGCCGAGGGAGGGAAUGCAGUAGCGGCCGGCUCGUCGGCGUUGUCGUCGAUGCCCCCCUUAUCCAAAGCCUCCUCUCUCCCGGGGACCGCGGACGGCUCCCUCGGUGGCGUCGGCGGCGUCGUCGGCGGGAUUCCUGGUGCCAACUUCAACCCCAAUGCCAACCCUUCGGCCUGGCCAGCCCUGGUGCAGGACGGGACCGCCGGGUCAGCUGCAAGCGAGGGUGGGCCCUCCUCCCUCCUCCUCCUCCAAAGCUCGACGGCGCCGUCGGCCUCGUCGUUAUCGUCUGCCAACAACGCCCCCUCCGCGGGCCACGCGCCUCUUUCUGUGAAUCUUGCCUCUCAUCAGCAGCCACCGCACCCUCUUCACCAAAUGCAAUCCAGAGACAGAGAGCCAUCCUGCGGGGAGUGGGGUGGCGCCGCGCCACUGGAGCCAGGAGCAGGACCAAAAAACGCGGAGGAGGGCGACAUGGACUGCGGAGGCGGAGUGGGGCCGGGGAGCGACCCCUCGGGGGCGUCGUCAUCUGCAUCGUCCUCCUCCACCACCUCAUCCUCGUGGAGGGCGCAGCCUUUCCCCGCAAACAACUCCAAAACGGGUGCCUCAAGGACUGACCCAUGGGAAGGGGGAGCGGGCCCCGGGGGGAACCCAGUCUCUGGCGAGGUGGGGGGCAACUCCUGGGGCUACAGCGGCGGUAGCGGGGCGGACAGCCGAGGCGGGGCGUCCGGCGGCUGGGGAGCAGGGAGCGGGGGCAGUUGUCAGACCCCCGGCGGGGUAUCUCAGGGAGCAUGGGGCGGGGUGGGCGAGUGGGGGGGCAACGGGAGCACGGGAGGAGGAGGAGGAGCAGGAGGAGGAGCAGGAGGCGGCGGCAUGGGAGGUGCUGGCGUCGUGGGCAACCCCCGCGGCUCGAGCAGCAACAGCAGCAGCAGCAGCAGCCGGGGCAGCGCGGGCCACCCGGCCACCUCGUCCUCCUCCGCCGCCUCCGCCACGACACGAGCAUGGGACAAUCAGAAAGGAGGCGGCAGCAGCGGAGGCGGCGGCAGCGGAGGCAGCGGCGACGCCGCCGAACAGGGCGAGUGGGGAGGCACGGGCAGAGGCGGCAAUACCUCUUCGUCCAGCGGCGGGGGCAACUCCAGGAGUGGCGGCGGCGGCGGCGGCAGUGGCGGUGGCCCACACAAUCAGCACCAUCACCACGGCCACCGCCACACCUAUCAGCCCCCCACCGUCGAAGUGGCCUUAGAGACCAUGCUCAGCCGGUCUGACCUGGACCCGCGCGUCCUCUCCAACUCCGGCUGGGGCCAGACGCAAAUCCGGCAGAAUGUGGCGUGGGACCUGGAGAGCGUCAACAGCAGCAGCAGCACUGUUAGCGGCGGCGCCAGAGGAGCGCGGUCUUCCUCUUCCUCGAUGUCGUCCGCAGCGGCCUCGGCCGGCCCGUACUCCGGCCCCACUGGCUCAUCGACUACUGAUCCGAUGGCGUCGUCCUCCAUGAUGCCUCCCAACGCCGCCCUGAACCCGGGCCCCAACCAGGGCUCGUCUGCCGCGUCGUCCAGGGACGGCUGGGACAGCGGCAGCAGCAGCAGCAGCAGCAGUGCCUCACAGUCAGCACGCGGUCCUCCGCCAAAUAGCAGUAUCCAAAACCCUGGCGUCUCACAAUCCGGUGGCAUGGGAGGACAGGGGAAGGCCUUGGGAGGUGGCUGGGGCUCAGCGGCUCCAACGGAAAGCCAAGGGAAAGGCUGGGGUAACGAGGGGCAAGAUUGGAGGGAGCAGAGAGGAGGAGGCAACAGUGGUGGAGGCUGGGGAGGAGGUCAGGAAGAGAAAGGGACCGGAGGUUGGAAGGAGAUGGGCGGCAGGGACGGCAGCUGGGGACAGACGGGAGGGAACGGAGCAGGUGGGGACUGGGGUGCAGAGCGGGACGCCAAGUCGGGCACCAGCGGGUGGGGGGACGGGAAGGGAGACGGGGCGGGCGGGGAUGCCGACGGCAGCGCUUGGGGCAGCUGGGACGACGGGGCGCCCCGAAGAGCGUGGGGAGCGGGGGGUUCCGGCGGGACGGGCGGUGGAGGCGUAGCAGGCGGUGGAGAUAUGGGCGGCAAAGCUCACCAAGGCUGGGGUGGGAAAAUGCAGCCCUCGCAGAUGCCAAACAGCCAGACGGCCCCUCACAAGGGCCCAGGGCCGCAGCAGCAGCAGCAGCAACAAUCACAGCCCCAGCAACAGCAGCAGCAGCAGCAGCAGCAACAACAACAGCAGCAGCAGCAGCAGCAGCAGCAGCAGCAGGCACAGGCGCUGGACCAAGGGGCCAUGCAAGGGGGCUGGGGCCAUCCAGGCCCCCAGGCCCACAGCCAAAGUUUGGGUUGGACCUCCGGGCCCAUCCCUCAGGUGCCCGGCGGGGCCAAAGAAGUUUCUGAGCCUAGCGGCUGGGAGGAGCCCUCGCCCCAGUCCAUCAGCAGGAAGCUGGAGAUCGACGACGGCACGUCCGCCUGGGGCGAUCCCAAAAACUACAACUACAAGAGUGUCAAUCUGUGGGACAAGAACGGAGCCCCCGCUGGUCAGCCGAUGCAAGGCCCGUCUCCACAGCAACAGCAGCAGCAGCAGCAGCAGCAACAGCAACAACAACAGCAGCAGCAGCAGCCGCCACCACCACAGCAGCAGCAGCAGCAGCAGCAGCAGAUGCCAGGGCCAGCGGCAAUGCAACAGCCACCCGUGAGGCCAUCUGGGAACAGAGACAUGAGCCUCCCACACACAUCCAACAAGCCUCCUCAAAUGGCUCCCUCUGGUUGGGGGAACGCCGCCUCGCCCAGCCCCUGCGUGGACAACGGCACGGCCGCCUGGGGAAAGCCCAUUGACGGUCCUAGCGUCGGGCCUGCCGGCUGGGGCGAGCCGGAUGACUCGGGCAAGACCUCAGGCUGGGGCAACCCUCCCACAAAUCCCAUCAAACCUGGUCCAAAGUCUAUGCAAGAAGGCUGGGGCGAGGGAGAGAGCUCGGUGAGCGCCUCACGCCACUCGAGCUGGGAAGACGAGGAGGAGAGCGGCGGCGGCGGCGUGUGGAACAGCACCGGCUCCCAGGGCAGCGGCUCCUCCUACAACUCCAGCGGCUGGGGCCAGGGCCACGCCGCCAAGAAGGUCAACAAGGGCCCCAUGAAGAGUGGAGGUGGAGACUCUUGGAUGAAUCCCAUGACCAGGCAGUUUUCCAACAUGGGCUUGCUGGGUGAGGACCCCAGCAGUCGGAGCCUAGACCUGGCCCCCGGUCCCCCCCAGGAGAAGAAGAUGGACGCCGAGAGGCGAGGGAUGAAUCUGAACGACUACAACGGGGACCUGCGUAAAGGAGGCCGACCUGGUGCUGGAGUAGUCUACCGUUCGCCCAGUUCCAAAGAUGUGGGGCCUGUUGAGACUGGACCCUACUGUGAUAAGAUUGGAGGUCAUAACAUGUUUGGUAGUGCAAGUGGGAUGGCCCAGUCCAGGCACCAGCCAGGUGUGCCACCCAUAAACCCGACCCCGGGGAUACGAGCGCAAGUGCCUCAUCAGUUCCUGUCACCUCAGGUGCCAGGUGCGUCCGUACUGAAGCAGAUGCCGCCUCCGAGCAGCGGAGUGGGAGUGGGCGGGGUGGGCACCGGCGUGUUCCCCCCUCAACUCUCCCCCCAGCACAUCGCCAUGCUGAGCAGCAUCUACCCCCCUCACAUCCAGUUCCAGCUGGCCUGUCAGCUGCUCCUGCAGCAGCAGCCUCAGCAGCAGCAGCAGCAACAGCAGCAGCAGCAGCAACAACAGCAGCAGCAGCAGCAGCUGCUGCAGAACCAGAGGAAGUUUCCCCAGAACGUGCGGCAGCAGGCUGACCCCCAGCAGAUUGCCCGGAUCAUGGCUGUGCUCCAACAGCAGCGGCAGCAGCAACAGCAGCAGCAGCAGGUGGGAGGCACGGGCAUGGGCUCCAAACUCUCCCCGUCUCACCUGGGAGGCGGGGGCCCCAAGAUGCCCAUGUCCGACUCAAUGCCCCACCCCGGACUGGGGAGCUCCGUGGCUGACAUGCACCCAAAAGCACAGGGGCCCUACUCCGGCUUUAGCUCUGGGAUGAACUUGUCGGGUCUGGAGCUGGGCUCCAUGGUGGGGGGUGGGGGAGGACUGAAGGACCCGGCCGCCCAGCAGUCCCGCUUCAAGUGGAUGAUGGAAGGCCACUCUCCAGCCCCCUCCCCUCCUGACAGCGCUUUAAAGAACGGGCCCAUCUCUGCUCCCAUGAAGGCGAGAGGAGGCUCCCCCUAUUCCCCCUACGAGCUCCUGGGCAACGACGGCUUGGGGGUGCCCCCACAAGGUGCCUCGGAUAACUGGCAUCGAACCCCUGGAAAGACUGGCACCAAGACUGGCACAUCCAGCUGGCCUCCAGAGUUCCAGCCCGGCGUGCCGUGGAAGGGCAUCCCGAGCGUCGACCCCGAAAAUGACCCCUACAUGACCCCCGGGGGCAUGCUGAGUUCAGCCGCAGCACACAGCCUGAACGACACUGAGCACCAACUACUGAGAGACAACACGGAAUCAACCCCCUCCCUCAACACCUUGUUGCCUUCACCUGGUGCCUGGCCUUACAGUGCCUCAGAGAGCCCCCUCAACAACGCACACAACCCAGCUAAAUACCCAGAGUACAAGCCCAGCUGGCCCCCGGAGCCCAUAGGACACAAGUGGAAGGCCAACCGCCACAGCCCUCAGCUGCCACGCCCGCCCCCAGGACUGGGCUCCCAUCAGAAGCAGCCCUCCAUGUCCCCCUGGGCGGGAGGAGGAGGAGGAGGAGGAGGAGGAGGAGGAGGAGGUGGGGGAGGAGGCCCACGAUUGAACAGAGGCGGCUGGGGUGGCUCUGGCAACAGCCAAGACACCAGAUAUGGGCCUGCAGGUUCUAUGGCGUGGAGUGAUGGGGCCUCCAGAGGAAGCUGCUGGCUGCUGCUAAGUAACCUCACCCCUCAGAUCGACGGUUCCACCCUACGCACCAUCUGCAUGCAGCACGGGCCCCUGUUGACCUUCCACCUCGGCCUGACCCAGGGCAGCGCUCUGAUCCGCUACAGCUCCCGGCAGGAGGCAGCCAAGGCCCAGAGUGCACUGCACAUGUGUGUCCUGGGCAACACCACCAUCCUGGCAGAGUUUGUGAGUGAGGAGGACGUGGCUCGCUACUUCGCACAUUCCCAGGCCAGCGCCGGCGGGAGCGGAAACGUGGCCGCCGGCUCCUCGGGGGCCCCCGGCUCGGCCGGCUCCGGCAGCACGUCGGCCGGGAUCCCCGGCGCGGAGCGCGACCGAGCCGGAGGCGGCGUCGGCAGCAACGGGGGCUCUGUGGCGGUGGGGCACGGGGGCAACGGCGGCGUAGGGACCGGAGCCGGAGGCGCGGGGGUGGCGCCCGGCUCCGGCUGGCAGAGUUUGGACGGUACGGGUGGCUCGCCAGACGCUGCCUCCUCCUCUUCCUCCUCCAGCCAGGGAGCGGGCCUGAGCAUCUUCGCCCAGUGGAGCAACAACAGCGGCGGAGGAGGCGGCGGGGGCGUGGAGGCCAGCCGGGCCCAGGGCCUGUGGGGAGGGAUGCCUUCAGGGUACCCGGUGGGGAGCAGCCUGUGGGGGUCCCCCGCCAUGGACGACCGGCACCAGAUGAGCAGCCCAGCCGCUCUGCUGCCUGGAGACCUGCUCGGAGGAGGGGCCGACUCGAUCUGACUGAAACAUCCCACUUACUAACACACACACACACACACAUACACAUACAUACAUACAUACAUACAUACAGUACAUGCACAUAUACAUUGUUGAACACGGCAUUUUACAUACAGUACAUGCAUACAUGCACAGAUACAUUAUUGCACAGCAUUUACAAUCACCAUAUUUACACACACACACACACAUGCUCACACAAACAACUUAGAUGCAUACAUACAUAAACAGUUCUUUAUACAUUCAUGCACACACAUUUCAAUUCAGUGAAAAACCAUGAUACCUAAACCCAUAAGUGCAUCAGUACCAAACAACAUCACAACCACACAUACAUACAUACAUACAUACAUGCAGCCAUACAUACAUAUAUACAUGCAUACAUACUUUUCAUUCAUAGUUACAUUCAAUAACAUUUCUCUCACUUACAGGCACACAGUCUGCCAGCAUACACUUGCACAUCCGUACACACAGGCCUAGACAUUGACAUAUGCACUGUGGCAAGCACUCACCAGUGCAGCUAAAUAUCCCUCACUCUGACACACUCUCUCUCUCUUGAAGCACUCAAGGACAAACACUUUCCAUUCAGAAAGCAAAAACAGUCCAGGUUACAGCUUGCUUUAAAAACAGAGAAAUGUAAUCCUUUAUCAAGAACACAUGCAUCCUCAGAACAGAGUAGCUCAUCCUUAAGCCCCAUUACAAAAGACAGGAGUGGGGAGGGAGCUCUUAAAACACUGGCCAUAGAGGUGUACACUGUCAAACUUUUGUCUGGAGCAGGUGGGGAUUCUAAAUAUUGCUGACAUACAUACACACAUAUGUGCAUUUAAAUACACACACACACACAUAUACACAUACGUACAUUCACACUUACAUUCACACUUACACCUUUUACCCUUAAAUGAAGACUUCAGCGGCAAGACUUGAACCGACAAAAAAAAAAAAAAAGUGAAAUCAGUUGGACUCUCAGACUCAACUGGAUGAAUCCUUAAUCUUGAGUUUCUGUAGACACACACCCUGCAUACUGAGACAGUCACUCAGGCAUGCACUGUAAAGAAAAAAAAAACACACA